AUGUUAGUGAAUACUUCUGGAGCUUUGAAAAAUCUCCGCAAACGUGAUGCUCGCCGUCAUCGUGCAAGUGGUGUAAAUUCAAAACAAUCGGACAGUGGCAGAAAUGCGCCUUCUAAAAUGAGUGUUGAUAUCAAUACUCCUAUACUUAGUACAUACAUAUCUUCAAAUGGUUCAUUGUCUUCGUCGAUUGAAGUUGACCAUUGUGCCAAGAAUCCCAGUUGCUUGCUUUCGGAACAAAACAAUCCUAAUUCAACCGAAUCUACUCGCACCAGUACAUUUCACAAUUCCUUCACUCUUCAUGAAUCAAAACCUAAUAUCCCUGUACAUUCUCGUUCUGAUUCUGAUCUUGAGAACUUACCUACUUUAAAUUCCGAAUCCAACCACUCGCAGUCAUCAAGUUCCAAAGUUAUUUCAAAAUGUGACGAUAAAACUGCCGAAACUGUUCCCAAACACCCUGAAACUAUCGAUGCUGAUGGUAUAACAAAUAAUAACUUUUCAGCUGUUCACUUAACUGCAUCACCGAUUUUAGAGUUAGAUGAAGAAUGA